CAGCAUUAAAAAGCACUGGAGAGAGCUGCAGACCUGAGUGCAGACUGCCUGUUUCCCUGGGCCACUUGUAAGCCCUGUGCGAGCUUUGUAUUGAUAUUGUAUUUUACAUCCUCUGCGACUGGGCUUGAAAAAGCCUGCUGGACCUGUCCAGAUGGAUGCAAUUCUGAACUGCAGACCGGAUGACUUGGAGGAUUACUACAAGUUGCUAGGAUGUGAUGAACUGUCUACGGUUGAACAAAUUCUUGCAGAAUUUAAGAUUAAAGCCCUUGAAUGUCAUCCUGACAAACAUCCUGGGAACCCCAGAGCAGUGGAGAAUUUCCAGAAGCUGCAGCAAGCUAAGGAGAUUCUUACUAAUGAUGAGAGUCGAGCACGCUACGAUUACUGGCGACGAAGCAAAAUCACCAUUCCAUUCCAGCAGUGGGAGGCCCUGAGCAAUUCUGUGAAAACGUCAAUGCACUGGGCUGUCCAAUGUAAGAAGGACCAAAUGCUGGAACCUCCUGACUUGAAUAAUAGCAACAACAUAAAUAAUGAGAUUUGGACCCAACAGACUGAAAACAAUGAAGAGGGAUUGUCAGAUGGGGACCGGGAGCAAGAAGAUGUUGUAAUUCCUGAUGUGAAACCACAGCCUUCAAGUAAUCCAGACUCCCCAAGAUUUUCAGAGGCAAACUACCUACACUUGCGUUUCCGCUGGUCAGGGGAUGCUCCAUCAGAGCUUCUGAGGAAAUUCAGGAACUAUGAGAUCUAAAAUGCCAACUACGCAAGAGUGUUAGAUCAUCUCUUCAACAACUCAGUAUUUUUUUUUGUCAGCAGUUAUAAGUUAUUUGUAUUUUGUAUUCCUUCAUUGUGGUACGAAAGUUGUUUGAAUAAAUGUUUUAAUAAGGCUUUGUUAACACACAUGCUAUGAGCAUUACAGAUGGAGGUUUUUUUGUUUAAUAAGCAAAAUUUAAUAAGCGAAGCCCUUCUCAGUAUUAACAUAAAGUGAUUUUGUGAAGUUAUCUAGAAUUUUAUAUAGUUUUGUAUCCUUAAUCAUUGUGUAGUUAAUAGCAUUUUUUUCAGUACUGUGAUAUUAUAAAGAAUUAUUCUCGGUAGAACCAGAAGCCAAUGUUAGACUCUAGCAUAUCGUCCUAUUUGGUCAUGUUCCAAAAGCUAUACGAGAGUGAGCUUUAAACAAAACUGUGCUUAUUUCUGAACUGUGUACCUGGUUCACUUCUCUAUCGCAUAGUGCUUUCCUGUAGUGAUUUGCAAUGCAUCCAUGCACAACACUGUUACAAACAUAACUUGUUGGAGAAUUGUGAUCUUACCAUACAGAUGAAGUAAGAACUAUUUAUUAUCCAAGAAGGUCACUGUGAUAGAUCAAACUCUCUUAAAAAUCCCUUGCUUUCUAUUUUAACAAGUACACUUUUUGCACCAGCUGUUUAUUUUGGAAGGCAGUUCCAGAACUUCACUUCUCUCAUUAACAGCUUUAAUCUUAUUAAGAUUUAUUGAUCGUUGACUGAUAGCCCUUGUACGUGUGCCAGCGUUGUCCUGUGGCUUAAUUGUAAUUUCCCUCCCUGCUCUGGCCUGGCAGAUAGAGUCUUAUCAGGGCUUUAUAUUGUGAGGAGUGAAGAACCAGGCCAGUCAGCAUUAAUGUAUGCAAAAGCUCACAUUAAAGUUUUUUGAUGUUUUGGGCAAUUCUUCAGAUUCUACAUCGUGUUUAUUUAUUUUGUAUUUGCUUUCUUCUUUGUAAACCUGACUAAUGUAUCCGGUAUUGACAUUGUGUUUUUGUGCAGGCAAGUUAUUCCAUCAGCAACAAAUAAAACUUCAUGCAUACAGAUGGAGG